AAAUUUAUAGUUUCUAGGGUUUUUUUUUCUCUCUCCUCUAAACGCUGCUGCGGCUCCUCAGGGUUCUCGUCAACAUGAUUAUCCCGAAGAAGAAUCGCCAGGAGAUCUGCAAGUACCUCUUCCAAGAGGGGGUAUUGUACGCAAAGAAGGACUUUAACCUGCCAAAGCAUCCACUUAUUGAUGUGCCGAACCUUCAAGUCAUAAAGUUGAUGCAAAGUUUCAAAUCUCGGGAAUUUGUGAGGGAGACCUUCGGCUGGGAGCAUUACUACUGGUUCCUCACUAAUGAUGGCAUCGAACACCUCCGCUCUUAUCUGAACCUUCCAUCUGAGAUUGUUCCUGCUACCCUUAAGAAGGCUGCAAAGGGACCUCCCCGCCCGUUUGGUUCUGGACCGCCUGGUGAUCGCCCUAGGGGACCUCCACGUUUUGAAGGGGAUAGGUCAAGAUUUGGUGAUAGAGAUGGUUACCGCGGAGGCCCUCGCCCUGGGGGUGAUUUUGGAGAU